AUGGUGGUGACUCUAUUUACUUCAUCUAGUAUUUACGAUCAUUCUGAUUUUCAGGCGAACUGGUUCGUUCCUCUCGUGCUACUUUCAACUUUCGUAAUCUCUACCGUUACCGGCAAUACAGAAUGUGUUCGACAACCGGUAAAUAAUAAUUCUCAUGAUUUAAGUAAUUAUGAUGACAAGAUGGGUUCUACGAUGGCUAAUAACAGCGACGGACAUUUCAAUGUAGAAGAUUGCGCGGGUAAUCGUGAAUGGAUUCCAAGAAUUAAUAAUCAACCAGAAACAAGUGAAUUUUAUAAUAUCGGUGGUUUCUUUCAUCGCUGCAGACAAGCUUGUGCAAUGCAAAGACAUUUGAUACCUCUAAAUGCUUGGGUUAUGUUGCUAUUGAUGCGACUUGCUUACGCAGGACAUAAGUGUGUUUGGAUACAUGGCACUGUACAUUGUCAUAAGGAUCCUGCAAAAAAUUUGAAUGUUGAAGUACGAGUUUAUGAUCGAGAUGGGCUAUCAAUUGCCAAGAUUAUUGAUCCAGAUGAUUUAAUGGGAGUGACAUUCACAAACGAAGACGGCUCGUUCCAGUUAGAUGGAUGCGGCGCAGACAUUGAUUGGAUUCCUGGUAUUCCGAACUAUCCGGAACCGUAUUUACAAAUAUUGCAUUAUUGCAACAGCCAGACAGGUGAAAUUCUAAGGCUUCCACCCUUCAGAACUUUUGUGCCAAAGACGCAUGAAAUUGGCACAAUUAAUCUCGACUUGCCGAUUCAAGUUUCACCUGCAGAAAAUAAUGCUAAGUUGAUGAAUUAG